AUGCGGACGUUCAAGAGUGAGGCGGAUGGCAUGCCAGGGAGCGAGUUGCUGUCGGUGCUGAUGGGUCCUAACGGCAGCCAGGCGAAGUUGGACGGUUGUAUGGCGCGGGUGGUUACGAUGCGCGCAGGCGGUGGCGGCGAGGUGACGGCUUUGGUGUUGGGGCCCAAGACGGCGUUUGAAACAGAGCUGGAGACGGUCGGUGAGCAAACGCCGUUGACGAUGGAGACGACGAUGGUGAAGGGCGAGAACUACGACUGGUUCGAGCACUGGGACCGGAUGAUCGUGUGGCGUCCGAAGGACGGGCCUCCGAGCGACCAACGCUCGGAGGCGGAGCUACUGGCGGCGCUGCAGCGCCGGCUGGAGAGCGGGGGACCUCGGGACAAGUCUGAGGCGGUGGAGGCGUUGUGUCGCGAAGUCUUUGGGGAACACUUGGAUGACCUGCACGCCAUCCUGAACGGGAGUGGCGAGAUGCAGGAGGAGGGGGACGGCGUCACCGUUACUGUGACGCGGCCGAUAGACCCGUCGGAGCUGGCGGAGCUUUUGGCGCGGGUGCCCAAGGACUGGAUGCCGGUGCUGCAAAGGUCGACAGGGUGGAAGACUGCGGAGUUGACGGACGGCGGGGACGUGGAGGCCGCACAGGCGAGGCCGAUACCUGAAAGGAGACGCUGCCUGUACAAGGCCGCGGGCCUUUUGGGGCUAGGCACGGCCGCCGGCUUGUUUGCGAACUACCUGUGGCGAUCCCUGGGGUCGUCGCAGAGGGGGGCGGCGAUAGGAGAUUUCGUGUUGCCGGGGACGGUCGCGAAGUUAAGCGCUGAGGUCCCCCAGAGCCGCACGUACGUCUGGUCGGCCGGGGACCCCAAGCCGCCUGCACCCUGCGGCAGCGGCGCCCUGUGCUGCGACCAGGUGUGCACAAACUUUGGCAGCCCCUGGGCCGUCACGUACUCGCUCGCUUGGAAUAUGACAAGUUGGGUCGCAGCCGACACGUGCCGGACAUUGUGCAACAGUCCGCAAGACACUAAGAACCUUCUCAGCGAACGACUCCUCACACACUUCUUCCUGGCUGAGCCACCCUCGACCAUGUCGCACGAGGAACAAGUCCAGCUAGUCCAGCUAUGGUCUGCAGCACUCACUCGCGUCUGCUCAGGUGCGGGCAGCCCGUUGCGAAACGUCGGCACGAUCCUUCCAUGCGACUGCGACGUUGCCGACGUCACCUGUGACGUGACGACCAAAAGCACCAAGAAGCUGCACAAGGUCACACUCACUGACUUGGAAACUUCUCUGGCCAGGGUGGCCAACUCCUUCGCAGACUACCCGAAAGAUGUCUACGACGUCACGAACUGUAAUUUUGGGUGUUGGAAUUUGACCCAAAAGGCCAAACAGAUCUCACUCGCCCUCAAAGCCGCCGCCGCAGAAGCCGCCCAGCAGGGAACGGUCGAGAGACUGAACAGGACGGACAUCAAGCACGUUUUCAUCCGUUUCGGUUGA